GACCGGCUUGGCGGUAGGAGCAGUUGUCGCCAUGUUGUCGGCCGCAGCCCGAGCGGGGCCGUUCGCGCCCGUCCUGUCGGCCACGUCCCGCGGGGUGGCGGGCGCGCUGCGGCCCCUAGCGCAGGCCGCGGUGCCCGCCACCUCGGAGCCGCCAGUGCUGGACGUGAAGCGGCCCUUCCUGUGCCGGGAGUCGCUGAGUGGCCAGGCCGCGGGCCGGCCUCUGGCCGCCUCCGUGAGCCUCAAUGCCCCUGCGUCUGUUCGUUAUUCACAUACAGACAUCAAAGUGCCUGACUUCUCUGACUAUCGUCGCGCCGAAGUGUUAGAUAGUACAAAGUCUUCAAAAGAGAGCAGUGAGGCUAGAAAAGGUUUUUCGUAUUUGGUAACUGCAACUACUACUGUGGGUGUUGCAUAUGCUGCCAAGAAUGUCGUCUCUCAGUUUGUUUCCAGCAUGAGUGCUUCUGCUGAUGUGCUGGCCAUGUCGAAAAUUGAAAUCAAGUUAUCUGAUAUUCCAGAAGGCAAGAACAUGGCUUUCAAAUGGAGAGGCAAACCCCUGUUUGUGCGCCAUAGAACCAAGAAGGAAAUUGACCAGGAAGCUGCAGUUGAAGUGUCCCAAUUGAGGGACCCACAGCAUGACUUAGAUCGAGUAAAGAAACCUGAAUGGGUUAUCCUGAUAGGUGUUUGCACUCACCUUGGUUGUGUGCCCAUUGCAAAUGCAGGCGAUUUUGGUGGUUAUUACUGCCCUUGCCAUGGGUCACACUAUGAUGCCUCUGGCAGGAUCAGGAAGGGGCCUGCACCUCUCAACCUUGAAGUUCCCUCAUAUGAAUUCACCAGUGAUGACAUAGUGAUUGUUGGUUAGAGAACUGGACUCAAGUCAUAGUCUUCAUGGUCACCUCGGAAGAGUUAUUUGAGAGCAAGCCGCCUGUGCUUCAAGUUGGUUGAUUUGAAAUAUUUAAAAUUGCUAAUAAUGUAUAUGCAAACAUUAAUGUGAAGUAAACUUAAUGUUGAAGAUUUUAAAGAAUUCACCUAAUAAAGCCACGUUAAACAUGUGAAGUUCGGUCAAA